AUGAUUAAAAUUAGCGAUAAAUUAAAGAAACAGUUCCUAACCUUUGAGGAGGGGAAAGACCUCGUCACGAGCACCCUCAGAACAGGGAGGGGACUUGAAAUCUUGAACAAGGCGAUCAGCGAGAAAAAUUUACUACGAAAUGCUUUUCGUAAAAUAAAAGUUAUUAACAAGAUAGGAGAUGAAGAAAAGCGAAGCGUCUGCAAUGGGAUAUGCAUCGUAGAGAGGCAAAUUAAAUCCCCAAUUGCGAAAGCGCUUAACGAAUUUUACCGCGAGGUUAAAACGAAUGCACAUUUUGGGCGUAACAAAGUGCGAGUUAAAUUUUUUACAGGCUUUAAAAAGAUAUAUGGCCUAUUCAAAAUUGAGACAGCGUGCAAAUUGUACGUCCGGAAGUUACUAAGGCGAUUUUUCGCCAAACGAUGUGCUGAUUGUCCUGGUAGGAACACAAAGGUAGGAAACAAAAUUUUGUCAUGCGAAGGGGGAGACCACUGCGUGCAGUAUAAUAUGACCAUUUGUGACACCUCCAAAGCGUACACAUACUUUAAACAUACGCAUGAUUUUUUUAAAGGAAAAAUUUCCUCCAAAUGGACACAUGAUAAGAACAACGUCGGUGUAACUUCGCCAAGCGACAUUCCCUUUGUGGAAGAUAAGGUCUUCACAAAGGACUCUCCUUCGAAGGACUCCCCUCCAAAGGACUUCCCCCCAAAGGACUCUUGUUCACAUGUCUACACCCUUCUCCCCCUGACGCCGUACUAUUACGAAAAUUUACCCUCCAUAAAGCUGUCUCGUGCUUGA